AUGGACGGCGACUCGCCCACGCAUGCACUGCCCGCGGACCGCGAGCACUACACGCGCAUCCUGUUCCUGCCCCCCGCGCUCACCAACCGCGGCGACGACCCCUCGGGCAGCAGCCCGCGGCGCAGCGCCUCCGGGCGGAGCCAGACGCCCGGCAGGACGCCGGCCAGCUUGCCGCCGCCUCCGCCCAGGAAUAGCAUCUUCGACGAGCCGACAUCGUCCGCGGGGGAGUGGUUGAAUGCUGCUCCGAGGAGCCCGAGGGUAGCCGCUGCCUUCCCGGCUCCCAGCCCUUCCUAUACAACUGACUACCCAAGAACGCCUGGCCCUGGUACAGCGGGCACCCAGCCUCAGGUGCACCAAAGCUCUCAGGUGGAAGAUGAGUGGGUUACAGUUUUUGGCAUCACCCAGAACGACAGGGACCUGAUACUGAAGGAGUUUUACAGCUGUGGAGAAAUUGAAACGUCUGGCACUUUCGGAGGUCCAUCGACGUCCAAUUGGGUCAAUAUCAAAUACAAGACCAAGGCAGGCGCACUGCGGGCGCUGAACCGCCAUGGCGACCUCAUCGACGGGCGUCUCAUCGUCGGCGUCAUGCCACUGUCCACAAAGGACCGUGCCGUCAUCAAUCGGGAGCUGAGUGACACCCGACAGGACGUGCCCACGCCAUCAGACCUUGGGGAUGUCUGGACUCCCCAGGCAGGGGUGGUGACCGGCCCCGCUGGGGGCACCCCCUACCCUUGGCACAGGCCCACCUUCCCUGUGGUGUACAGUGAGACGCCCUCAAGGGAGGUGCACAAUGAUAGGCCCCCCAGCCCCGUGGCGCGCACCCCCCUGAGCCGCCCUGGCAACAUGCCCACCCCGGCCAAGGGGUGGCUCUCACCUCUGAAGGAGUUCAUAAUGGGGACGUAG